AUGGCCAUGCAGGCUGUAGUAUCCGAUCCAACAGUCGGCAUCAAGUCGUCUGUAUCCGUACAGGACUACUUACAGAUGGCCAUGAGACAAGGAAAUAGGAGGACAAAGGCAAUCAACGUGGACCAAGGGACACACACUACACUGCAUGGCCGCCAACCGACUAAGGUACAAAGACGGAGUCGUGUCAGCUGCCUUGCGUCUUUGAUAUUAAGUGCGUUAAUCGAUCAGGCCAGAACCCGUUUCAGGCAUGCGUAG